AUGAGCGUUAGUGUUGGUAAGAGUGCGGUGGUCAUUCCCAUUGGGGUAGAUACUUGGAUACCAAUCAGAACAGGCCUGGCCCUGAAGUACUUGGUACUCACGUGGUCGAAGGUGGCUUUCGUGGCGGUAAUCGAAACAAUUUCAGAGGCAGACCUCACCAAGGACACUGGCAGAAUAAGCCAUAUAGAGACAGUCCAGGUUGAUGUCACAGGCAUGACAAAAGAACAAAGGACUAAGAUUCAUGAUGCUGUGAAGAAAGCAUUCGGAACAAGCAUAGUAGGCAGUACUGUUGCUGUUGAUGAUAAGAAGAUUGUUAGGUUUGAGAAAUAUAGGAAAGGAGUGCGUAGAGACAAUAGAGUUAAAUGGGUGUGGCCUGCGGAAUAUGUAUACUUUAUUGUCCACAAGGAAAAUUGUGACACAAUGGAGGCGGCUGCUAGACUUGCAGAAAAGUUAAGGUUGAAUAUCAAACCAUCAAUGCUCGGUUAUGCCGGCACGAAAGAUCGGAGAGCGAAGACCUCACAGUGGUUCAGUCUCCGGAAAGUAGAUCCCCGGAAGAUAGCGGCUGCAGCUAAGGAUAUUCGGGACGUGCAUGUGGGCAAUUUUAGUUUCAGUCCGAUUAGUUUGAAACUUGGCAUGUUGCGAGGGAACAGGUUCCGCAUAGCGCUGCGCAACGUGACCGCCCCCGACGACGUGGUGGCGGAGGCCUGCUCGCGGCUGCAGCGCCACGGCUUCAUCAACUACUACGGGCUGCAGCGCUUCGGCUCCAGGCCCAACGCGCCCACCUACGAGGUGGGCCGGCUGCUGCUGCAGGCGGACUACCGCCAGGCCAUCAAGCACAUCGUGGCGGACGAGGAGAUGGUGCGGAUGGGGGGCGCGAGGGGCGCGGGCGGCGCCAGGCUGCUGCGCGCGCUCGACGCCAACCCGCGCGACAUGCUCGGCGCGCUCGACCAGCUGGCGCGCAACCAGCGCGUGCUGUACCUGCACGCGUACCAGUCGCUGGUGUGGAACCGCUGCGCCUCGGAGCGCCUGCGCCGCCUCGGCCUGGCGCCGGCCAAGGGGGACCUGGUGCCGCUGCACCCGGACGCCCGCGAAUAUGAAAACGAACAGGAGUCAGAGGAUGAGAUCAAGGAGGAAGAUGAAAGCAUCACAGAAGACAACGAUAUCGAGACACCAAUUGCUGAUGCUGACAAAGAUAAAGAAGUGAAAGAAGUAACGGCUGAGAACCCAGAAAAGAAGGUGCAGACGAAAAACGAGCCCAAGCCCAAGGUUCCGAUGAAGGUGCUCACCGAAGAGGAUGUUGCCAGCGGCAAUUACACCAUUUUCGACGUUGUGUUGCCAGUGCCAGGGUACAAUAUCGAGUACCCGCCCAACAUGGUGGACUACUACAAGGAACUGCUCGAGAAGGACAAUCUCAAGCUGGAAAUGAGGCACAAGAACAAGUCGUUCAGCCUGUGCGGCGCGUACCGGUCGCUGGCCGUGCGGCCCGGAGCCCUGCGCUGGCAGACGAGCCGCUACUCCGAGCCCACGGCCGACCUGCUGCUCUCCGACCUGCAGCGGCUGCGGGGCGCCCCCGCCGCCGCCCCCGGCCAGCCAGACGGUCCGUACAAGGCGCUGUUGCUGACGAUGACGUUGCCGGCCAGCUCGUACGCCACGAUGGCAUUGAGGGAGCUGAUGAAGGUGGACACGGCCAACGACAGCCAGGCGUUGCAGAACGACUACCACAAGCGGCCACACGCCGCUGCCACGGCGCUGGUGAAGCCGUCCGAGGAGCUGAAGGCGCCGAAGGCAGAAGAGGAGGAAAGUGCUGCGGAUGGGGCACAAGAGGAGACCUCGAUGCGAGAGGCUUUGAGCAUACAAGGUGGUGCUGAAGAGACUCGUGAUGACGUAGAGAUGAAGCAGGGCGUUGCAAGCGAGCCGAAUGGAGACAGAGCCGAAAAGAGAAAGAUGGAAGACGAAGCAGAGGAAGGUGUUAAAAAGCCGAAGCAAGAGGUCGACAAUGCUGAGGAUGGGAAA